UGAAAAAGUUCCAUUUAAAAUAAGUGAUUAUCCAGGUUAUGUAAAUAAGAGAGGCUCAGGAGAAAAUUGUGAUGGAACUUUUCCUAUUGGUGAUUCAAGUACUUUCAAAUUUUCAAAACCAAAAUAUGUUAGUAAAAUUAUGUUGGUAUCUCAAAAUCAAAAGUGUUGUAGGAUUGAUUCCAAAAUGGAAGAAAGAUGGAUAAAACAUUAUAGUAGCUGCCACAAGAUAUUGCUGGUUGGAGAGGGAGAUUUCUCUUUUGCACUCUCUUUGGCAAGGGCAUUUUGCUCGGCUUCCAACAUAGUUGCAACUUCUUUUGAUUCGAAAGUGUCAUUGCAGGUGAAGUACUCAAGAGCUACAAUAAAUCAGAUAGAACUAAAGAGGUUCGGUUGCACCAUUUUGCAUGAAGUGGAUGCCCUUACCAUGGACCAACACCCGUUGUUGCUAGGGAAAAUAUUCGAUCGCAUAGUCUUUAAUUUUCCUCAGGAUAUAGGAUUUGCUUUUCACAAAAUUCAGAAUCACCAGAAGUUGGUGUUGGGUUUUCUACAGAAUGCAAGGAAGAUGCUAAGUCGCGACGGGGAAGUUCAUGUGACACUAAACUGUACCCAUCCUUUUAAUAAAUGGGAAGUAGUGAAAUUGGCAAAGAAAGCUGGUUUGGUAUUGGUUAAGAAGGUGCCAUUUAAAAUGCAAGAAUAUCCAUGUUACACUAAUAGAAGAGGAUCUGGACUCAAUUGGGAUGGAAAGUUUGAUGUUGGUUAUUAUUGUAGCACCUUCAAGUUCUCCAAAGCAAAAAAUGUUCAAUCUUUUGUGGCAAUAUCAGAAAUAACGGUAGACCCAAACUCACUGCGGUUAAAAGAUACAAGUGAAUGUGAAUUGAAGUUGUCGAGUAAAGAUCAGACGGUUCGUGUUUCAACUUCAACAAAUUUGAUUGAAACCACUAUUUAUUCUCCGAUCAACACCACAACAAAUUCAAAUUCAAAUUUUAUGAAGAAGCGAAGAAUGCAUACUCUAAAAUUUAGACCAAGCUUUCAAAAAAAAAAUGUACACCAAAAAACAUUGGUCUAUUUCGAUAUAUUUUGUCAUGUCAUGCUGAAUAGGAUUAUGAACAAUACUUGGUGA